GCCUCCCUGAAUGAGAAUCAGGGGUAACCAGGCAACUUCGGCGCAGGAGAGGAGAAGAUUCAGCUCCGACGGAUUCCUCUCUUUUACAGCAGCGUGAACAUCUCUGGAGCAAAGACAACGUGACUUCACCUUGUGGCAAAUGGAAUUAAGGAAUGGAUUUUCUUAGACGCGCUUCCUCUCCCCCUCUCUCCCUCUCCCACUCCCUCUGCCUCCUUCAUUUGGAGAAACCAGAGCGCGCAGAUGAAGCGGGUCACAGAUGUGGAUUAAAACGCAGAAAUGGGACAGCGCGGAGGAGCCUCCGAUGAGAGAAGCAGAUGAACUGUCUCCCUACACUGUGAUCCUCUACAGACGACCUGAUUAGAAUAAGAGCUCGGCGCCACUGACUGGGAUGGGCCGUCAAACUGCAUCUGAAGUCCUCUGCCAAAGAAUAACAACCCCUCCUGACUUACUCUGAACAACUUUAUUUGAUUCAAUCAUUGUUGCAAGUCUCCCCCAGGCGGAAUUACUCCUGAGCAACAGGUGAACCUUAAGAAAAGAGCAGCAGUGGACCAUGUGAUGCUUGACCUUCACAGAGAGAACUCAGGUACACUCCAGAGGAUGUCAGAUCUGAUGUGAAGCUGCUCUCUAGUGGAUCGCUCACCUCAUAAUUCAAUCACCUUCUCGUGUUCUGUGUUGCAUUACUCAAACAUGAUGGGCCAACUGUGACAGAACGUACUUAUCAAUGCUGGAUCUUUAUUUAUUGAGGAGUGCCAGACAUCUCACUAUUGAUUUGAAGGAGAUUUUCUUCAUCAAAGAGCAACUGUAAGAAACCCUGCUGAGAGUGGAGAACUGGACACUGAGAGCUGCAAGGAUUAGCGGGUGUGCUGCUAACCAAUGGUGGAUCUACUGUGAGCAGGACAAGGGACUCAGAGGUGGAGGAUGUCAGCAGAGGCCGAGGUCCAGGCAGGUGUCAAAACCAGCCAACGAAGGGAGUCCAGGAGGAUCAAAGGUCAGGACCGCAGUGAGGCGGGGCUUAUUAAGCGUUUCCGCGGAGAUGGCAUGCGCUACAAGGCCAAGCUGAUUGGGAUUGAUGAGGUGACAGCAGCGCGUGGGGACAAGCUGUGCCAGGACUCCAUGAUGAAGCUGAAGGGGAUGGCUUCGUCAGCGCGUUCCAAAGGGGAGCACAAGCAGAGAGUCUUUCUGACGGUGUCUUUUGGCGGGAUCAAGAUGUACUGUGAGAGAUCAGGGGUGCUUCUGCAUCACCACUCCGUCCACGAGAUCAGCUACAUAGCCAAGGACACAAGAGACCACCGCGCCUUCGGAUACGUCUGUGGAAAGGAGGGUCACCACAAGUUUGUGGCCAUCAAAACGGCACAAUCUGCAGAGCCUCUAAUCCUGGAUUUACGCGACCUCUUCACGCUUAUCUACGACAUAAAACAGCGAGAGGAGCUGGAGAAGAAGGCCCAGAAGGACAAACACUGUGAGCAGGCAGUCUACCAGACCAUUCUGGAGGACGAAGUGGACGAUCCCGUUUACCAGUAUAUAGUGUUUGAGGCCGGACACGAACCCCUCCGUGGCCCCCAGUCAGAGGAGAGCGUUUACCAGGUCCCCACCAGUCAGCAGAAGGAAGGGAUCUAUGAUGUCCCAAAACGCCAUUGCAUGACUAAUAUCAACCAUUUUGACCUGUUUGGAGACAUGUCCACCCCGCCUUCGAUGCCCCCAUCACCAGCCAACACGCUGGACCCAAGCAGGAGCAGCCGGCAGCAGCAACACACUCCUGCUGAGCUGUACGCGCCCUUCAGCCCCACCUCCGUGCCGUCAGGUUACAUGACAAUGGGUCCGGUUCAGGCAGCUCAGUGGGCCCAGCAAUCGUUUCCUGCCCAGGCUCAGACGCUAGCCUUCCCCGUGCAGGGGCCCCUCCAGGUGGCUCAGGUCCUUCCUGGAGGUCAGCCGCUCAUUUGGAGCCAGGCCAACAUCUUCCCAGCCACUCAGCAGCAGUGGGCGGCCAUGGCAGCAUACAUGCCAGCCCAGACGGUGGGCGUGGGGGGCCACGCCAUCCCAGCUGCCAUGCUCCAAGGCUUGGUACCCAUCACCACAGUGUGUCCCCAAGCCUGUGACCUCUCAGCCCCCUCCUCAGCCAUCACUAGCCCCCAGCAUACAGCUGACCCCAUCCUGCUCCAGAGGCAGCUCAGUCCUGGGAGAGAGGGACUCGGUGUGGACUCGGAUGCUGGCGAGGUCCCGUCUACGUCAGGCGUAGGUGUGGCUGUGUCAGCAGGGCUGAGCAGGUGUGGAACCCCGGGUCUCAUGGGUGUACCUGACACCCUGAUCUGCAGCCAGCUGCUGCCUCCUCAGGCUGCAGCUCAUCAGGAAGAAGAAGGGAGUUGUAGUGACCUUGAUCUCUCCAGGAUGACUCUAAGCCCAGGAGCGUCUACUUCGCCGUCUACCGAGUCCCCAUCCACUCCAGCCCCUCAGCAAAGCUCCUCCUCAGACUGCCCCCCCUCCCAGGCCAGUGACCCCCCAACAGAUCACUCCCUCCCAUUGGAGCAGGAGACCCAGCAGGACCAGUCGGGUUGUGUUGCUGCGGGGGUCGGCGUCUCCGAAUGAAGCUGCUGAGCCCGUGGAUCGGACCUGUCCAGAGGAAGACCGCUAGAGACAUGCCUUCAUGGAGACGAGGACGGAACGCCAUGAAGGCUGUGACUGGAGCUGAUGUGAGGAGAGCUAACAGCUGCUGAAUAACACAGACUUGCUCUUUUAUCCAACCUUUAAAGGAUAUUUAUGGCAGUUCUGGAUUUCCUAGCAACUGAUUUUUACCCAGAGGCCGCUCACUGUACUGUCCUGUCCUCAGCAUCUCCAAUCAAUGACUCUUCAACCAGGAAGUGACCUUUUACCUCUGGCUGACCGGAGGUGUUUCGAUCCUUAACCAAGGACACAUCUGAGAGUGUGUUUGGAAAAACACGAACAAUGCAAAUUAUUUUUUGGAAACUCUGGAGCGUUGAAGCGUCCCAGCGCGUACGGAGGAGGAUGCUGUGUCAUCACUUUGCAUGAGCAGACCACGACCGGACUCGGCGGGCUGAACACGGCAUCCUCCAGAGACCAGAUCUAUUCUUCUUCUCCUUUUAUAAGCUGUGAAUUUCCCGUUGAUGAUCCUGAGUCGUCACAGAUAUCAGAAUGAUUCUGAGGCAUCGAUGUUGAAAUCAAAAAUUUGCCAAACCUGUAUUUUGUAAAUAAGAACCCCCCCACCCCCCGCCCCACUGCCUGACCUGAGCCUCUGUGCCAUAAGAUCUGCUAAAUAACACGACGCAGCACUCUACCAGCACCUCCACUUUUAUUUUGAUCCGGGCGUUUGUUUUUCAAAUUAAUUCAUUUUUACUCACAACAUUCUCGACUGGGUCGGUGAGGAGUGACCUGUGAAGAUGUGUUACAUGUUCAUCCAGAAAAAAGCCCGCUCUCUGUCUUCUUCUGUUUAAACUCGACAAACAAGCGAUAGCUUCGAACUGAGGGCUACCAGUCGAGGACACGUUGUUUACAUUUUGCCUCCGAGGGUCAUGCUUGUUUUCGGUUUCUCAAAUGAAGGUGAGUGGAGUUCCCGUCAUCGAUGAGUCAACAAUCAGAGGAGAUUUGUGAGCAUAUUGGGUUUGUUUUUGUUGUCUAGUCACUGUUCUUGUUGGGUCGUUGUAAACAGUAACGGGUCAUUGUAACUGAGCACUUAUCACUGAAACGGUCAAAAGGACCACUGAUCUGCCCCGCAGCGGCGGGCGACCCGGCUCCUGUCGGACUAAAUGUGACGAAUUGUCCAAGAUAUUUUGUAAAGUUUAUUUAUGGAAUCAAGAACUGUCAUUAAAACUAAAAAGGGAUUUUUCUACGUCUGUGACGCCCCCAGCAUACUGCACCCGUGCCACAGUUCAGUCACUAAUGAAUAAAUAAAACUCCAGUUGGUUCCCA